UCCGGCAACACCGGAUGUUAGUAUGUUUCGCAUUUGUAUACCACCUGGAAUCAUCAUUUCCGGCUGUUACCCGCUGAAACGGUCCAAAGAUUGUACGCCAUUUUUGCAUACUGACGCCACAGCGCAUUGUUCCGAACGUUUAAUUGGUUUUUGCUACAUUUAUUCUAUUUACUCAUAUUUAAAGUUCCAUAAUGAGUGACAUUGAGCGAAGUAGUAGUCGUAGUGCAAGUCCUAGAAGACCAAGAACAGCAGAUGGUGGUUUAAGAGACUCGCGUUCACAUUCAAGAUCACGUAAAUCACGAGAGCGCAAAGAAUCGCACCGACCAGUAAAAGAAUAUUCAAGAUCACGAAGCCGUUCAGUGUCAAGAGGAAGAAAGUCCUAUCGUAGCAGCAAAUAUGCCAGUGCAGGUCAUCGUGGUAGUAGUCGCAGUCGUAGUCGCAGCCGUAGUCGUUCUACUCACAGGUUUGCGCGAUAUUCCCGAAGCAGAUCUCGAUCAUACUUCCGUUCUCGUUACUCUCGCGAAUGUGAUAGGACCAUUUAUCGUUCACACUCCCGCAGUCCAAUGUCAUCUAGACGACGUCAUGUUGGAAACAGGGAAAAUCCCUCUCCUUCCAGAUGCUUAGGUGUAUUUGGACUUUCUAUUUUUACAACCGAACAGCAAGUACAUCACAUCUUUUCCAAAUAUGGUCCUGUUGAACGUAUACAAGUUGUAAUUGAUGCAAAGACUGGACAUUCUAAAGGAUAUUGUUUUGUAUAUUUUGAAUCACUUGAAGAUGCUAAAGUAGCAAAAGAACAGUGUGCAGGAAUGGAAAUUGAUGGUCGAAGAAUGAGGGUAGAUUAUUCAAUUACACAACGAGCUCAUACACCAACACCAGGAAUAUAUUUAGGAAAACCUACACAUCUACAUGAUAGAGGAUGGGAUGGGCCUAGAAGAAGAGACAGUAGUUAUAGAGGAAGCUAUCGACGUUCCCCUAGCCCGUACUACAAUCGCCGUCGCGGUCGUUAUGACAGAUCUCGAUCACGCUCUUAUUCACCACGUCGAUAUUAAGUGACACGAGUGUGAUGCGAGAGGCCAGAUGUUUGGGAGACCAUUUAUGUGACUUGACCCUUUGACCUCAAAUUUCUUCUAACAAUACUGUACCGGGUCAAAAAAAAUGCAAAUGCUACAUUCUUACUACUAUUCUUACCUUACCUAGUUCUGCAUCAUAUGCAAUUAAUUACAGCAUUUAAAUUACGAUAUUGUAAAAUAUCAAUUAAUGAAAUAACCUAAUAUGCAAAGGAGUAUAGUAUAUUCUUUGCAUGAAAGAGUAAGGUUAGAAUGGAUAAAAACCUUAUUUUCAUAAUGUUUCUAUUAUUUUCUGGAUGAAUUUUUAUGAAGAUAAGGUUUAUUUAUUGUAACGGUAUGACACUGAUAUGUGAAGGUUGGAAUAUAAUUGUUUCCAUUUUUCUUUGACUUUAAUUAUUUGCUUAAAAAUUAUAUUCCAGCCAUUCGGAUUUUAAGUAUCACUAAAAUGUGAUAUAAAUGUGGUAUUCCUAAAUGUUUAUAUAAAAAAAAAAGAAAAAGUGGAAAGAACGAAACACAUACAGAAAAGAACGAAACAAAACAAAAAAUAAAAUUAAAAAUAGAAGUAUGUUCUCUAACCUGUUUGUUUGUUUAUAAGGUUUUGAAUCAAGAGGUAUUGGAUGAUAGAGGGAAGUUUGAAGUUUCACUCUGAAAAAAUGAAAGUUUUGAAAAGUUGAAGACAAGAUAUCUGAAGAUGUUUGUCUUGCUCGAAUUUCGAAGAUCUGAAGGUUUUUCGCGCUUGUGACAAAGAAUAUGAUCCGAAUCACAUUCCUUACCGGCUGAGAAGUCUCAAGCCUAGAAGAACUGCAAGCCUCAAGACAGUAAGAAAUCGUUGAUCAUCAGGCCCCCGAUCUGGACAAGCCAAUGGUUGGGGGUGAAACUGGUCGAACGUUUCAGAAAAUAUUCAAGAAACAUCGAAAUCUUUUAUGAGUAGGAAAGAGCGUAAGCUGCUCCAAGGUUUAUACUGAUCAUAUUCUUUAUCAGUUGAUUUGGUUAAAUGAUAUAUCCGUAAUUAGGUGUUAUAAAAUAAAUAAACAUAUAUACCUUCGCCCUUAUUCCCUCCACCAUCCUAAAACCUCCUAUGUAUCCUUAAGGGUGAUAUCCUAUUGUUUUCACUUUGUAUAGGAAUAAGCAGCGGAAAUUCGAAUUGAAAUAACUAAUAAACAAUGGUUUUUUUUUUAA